AUGAUUACUCCAUUCUUUGAAGCAUCACAAGAUGAUGAGUUCUUGGUUGUGAAAAUAAAAAUCCCAAACUUGAAAUUCAAUAAUAAUAAGUCUCUUCUGUUGACUAUUGAUGGCCAACUAUUUAUCUUUCAUCUCACACCGUAUUAUCUCAGACUAAGAUUCAGCCAGGAAUUAUUGAAUGAAGAUGAUUUACCGGAAUUCGACUUACAAACUGGAGAAGAGAUUAUCAAAAGAAGACAAACCAGAUAUGACAUGGAUACCGAGAAUUUGGUGAUAUCGUUACCUAAAAAGACUAAAGGAGAAUUCUUCACUGACUUGGAAUUCGUUCAUAAAUUGAUGUCCAAUGCCAUCGAGGUUAAACUACCAACUGUAACGACAAAUGAAGAUGAUAUUGAAAUGAAAGAAGUCCAAACGACAACACUGUCGUCAGACUCUAAUGACAAACAACCAUCGGCCCAGCAGCAGACCAAAUUGAUUGAAGAAAUCGAUAUCAACAACCCAAAGUUAACCACCAACGAUAUUAAACAACAUAUAGAGAAUUUUGAAAACUUGACCGGGAAAGAGUUCAACUGGCAAUUCAAACAAGAUUUCAAUAAACAAGAAAUAACCAACCCAAACAUUCAUUAUGGUUUCAACGAUUCAUACAAUACAGUCAUUGAGAAUUCCGUGAUUAACGGAUCGAAUGACAUUAAUGAAUUGUCCAAUCCUGGAACAUUAACUGCUAAUGAACGUAUCGUGGAAAGAAGAGUCAAGGAAAAUUACUCAUUUAAUGAAGAUUUUUACGUUGCUAAUUAUCUAUUGGAAAAGUAUGGGGCCCAAGACAACGACUACGACUAUGAAAUGUUGAACAAUUCAAUUGAAUGGAAAAGCCCAAUAAAGACAAAAUGGUUGAAACAUCAAAAACAAGCGAUGGAUAAAUCGUCUUUACCUGAUGUUCAAUACUCCAAGGAGUUGAAACAGUUGAUGAUUGAUUUGCCAAAGAGCAAGAGCACCUAUGAAAUCAAAGACCUUGAUUCGAUAUAUUACGCGAUUGUUGCUAUACUUUUUGCAUCCAAUUUGAAUUCACGGAUAAAUUGCGGAGAGGAUAAUGUCGAUUCUGCUUGGUUAAUCGGUAAAAUUGUUCCACAAUUUUCAUACUUGGACAAUGAAUUUAUUUCUGAUGAAAAUGAAGAGAAAGUAGUUGAAGUACCAAAUAUCAAGAUUCAUUCUGAACCACAAGAGGGAUUAAUGAAGGAGAUUUCCACCACCAAUUAUACCACCCCAGCAACCCAAGUAUCGGGUUCUUCUCUUUCACUCAGCAAAUUGAAAGAUUUGCUCAUUAUUUUGGUUAAAAGAUCUUUGAUAUAUCCUCUUUUCAGAAACUACAACUUGAUAACGAAAGUUCUUGAGGAUACUUAUUUCUCUUUGCGAUUUGGGUUGAAAAAAAUUAUUGAAAGCUUAUUGAUCACCAGGGAAUUGUUCCGUAAACAUUCCAAUUACUACGUCUACAAUAUCAUUUGGUUUAAUGAUUUGUUAGAUUUCUUGAUCGUUAAAGUGGACACAGAUCUUGUGAACAAUAACAUCAUUAGAAGAUUGAGCCAUGUUUUCCAUGGAAUCACCAAAGACUUGAAGAAAUCAGAUAUUGUUUUUGAAAAAUUGAAUAUGGGGGAAGAUUUUGAUGAGGAAGUGAGUACAGAUAAGAAAGCUGAAGAAGAUCAAGAAGAUAUUGAGUUGCUUGAAACCACCGAUUUGGAACAAUUGGAAAUCAUCGCAGAAGAAUUAUAUAGGGAUUCACAAAACCAGGGAUAA